GGCGAGCAUUAAGGUUAGGUUGCGCGCGCUGGAGGCCGUCGUCUGCUGCUGUAAUUCGGCUACAGUGGGAAGGAAAAUAUUGUUUAAAAUCGACUUUUCCCCACUCACGAAUAAUCCGUUUGGCUCGGAAUUUACGCUGCACAUUCGUUACAGAGAAAGCACCUCGCUAAAAGGGCAGACCGGGACAGAGAGUCGAUUAGCGGCCCAUGCAGCCAUAACGAGCCCGCGAUACUCCAUCAGACUGCUGGAGAAGAAGGUAACCCCUCGCCCCUCUUUCCUUUCCUGUUUCCAAAGCUCCUCUGUCCCCUGCCCCUCAUAAUCAGCCCAGAGACCCUCUUCCUAAAUCCCAGUUAGGAACGUUGGGUCUGUUCCUCCCCAUUCUCUCAGCCUCCAUCUGUCUCCCUAACUCCACCUGCCCAGUAGGGGGCUGACCGCUUAUUGGACACCCCAGAAGCAUGUCCUCCAUCUUGCCUUUCACUCCGCCCGUGGUGAAGCGUCUGCUGGGCUGGAAGAAGUCGGCCAGCGGUUCGAGCGGAGCGGGAGGCGGAGGAGAGCAGAACGGCCAGGAGGAGAAAUGGUGCGAGAAGGCGGUUAAAAGCCUGGUGAAGAAGCUGAAGAAGACGGGCCAGCUGGACGAGCUGGAGAAAGCCAUCACCACACAGAACUGCAACACCAAGUGUGUCACCAUUCCCAGCAAUUGCUCUGAAAUUUGGGGACUGAGUACACCAAAUACGAUAGAACAGUGGGAUACCUCAGGCCUUUACAGCUACCCUGACCAAACCAGAUCUCUGGACGGCCGUCUGCAGGUGUCUCACCGCAAAGGUCUGCCUCAUGUCAUCUACUGCCGCCUGUGGCGAUGGCCCGACCUGCACAGCCACCACGAGCUGCGCGCCAUCGAGACCUGCGAGUACGCCUUCAACCUCAAGAAGGAUGAAGUCUGCGUCAACCCCUACCACUACCAGCGGGUGGAGACGCCAGUUCUUCCUCCUGUCCUCGUGCCAAGACACACGGAGAUCCUGACCGAGCUGCCUCCUCUGGACGACUACACCAACUCCAUACCUGAAAACACCAACUUCCCAACAGGGAUCGAGCCUCCUAACAAUUAUAUACCAGAAACUCCUCCACCGGGAUACAUCAGUGAGGAUGGGGAGGCCAGCGACCAGCAGAUGAAUCAAAGUAUGGACACAGGUUCUCCUGCAGAGCUGUCACCGAGCACACUCUCGCCUGUCAAUCAUGGCAUGGACCUUCAGCCAGUGACUUACUCCGAGCCCGCUUUUUGGUGCUCUAUAGCUUACUAUGAACUCAACCAGCGGGUCGGAGAAACCUUCCACGCCUCUCAGCCGUCCCUCACCGUGGACGGCUUCACAGACCCCUCCAACUCCGAGCGCUUCUGCCUGGGCCUGCUGUCCAACGUCAACCGCAACGCCACCGUGGAGAUGACCCGGAGACACAUAGGACGAGGGGUCAGGCUGUAUUAUAUUGGUGGGGAAGUGUUUGCCGAAUGUCUCAGCGAUAGCGCCAUCUUUGUUCAAAGCCCUAACUGUAAUCAAAGGUAUGGCUGGCACCCUGCGACGGUCUGUAAAAUCCCUCCAGGUAAGAGAUUCACUCACUUUUCAUUCUCCUCUGUACUAUCCAUACUCUGUCCAGAAAUUUUGAUUAACCUUUAUGACAUAAUAUCCUUUUUCUUAGGCUGUAACCUUAAGAUCUUUAAUAACCAGGAGUUUGCGGCACUGCUGGCUCAGUCGGUGAACCAGGGCUUUGAGGCAGUAUAUCAGCUGACCAGGAUGUGCACUAUUCGAAUGAGUUUCGUCAAAGGCUGGGGAGCCGAGUACAGACGACAGACGGUGACGAGCACCCCCUGCUGGAUCGAGCUUCACCUGAACGGCCCCCUGCAGUGGCUGGACAAGGUCCUGACCCAGAUGGGCUCGCCCUCCGUACGCUGUUCCAGUAUGUCCUAAUCGCCGUGACCAAGCUCUCUGUCCUCUGCCCCCAAAACGACUGAUUCUACAAUCACAUCAACCGACAACUCAAAAGAUUUUAACCCCGCCCCCUCUCUCUCUUUCAUAGUACUCGUGAGCCUUUCUCUAUCUCUGUCCUCCUGACACUGAUGUUCUCUCCGUUCGGACCUGAAUUCAGCACUUGCUGUCUCAUCAGCUUCUUGCACCUUUAAUUCUCUCUUGUUUUCUUUCAUAAACCCUUAAUAUUAAAUGUAUUAGUAGUAGAAUUUGAAAUGUAUAUUGGUUUUUAUUUUAUUUUCAUGGUUUUCGAGAAGGAGGGAAGGUGCGUAUGUUGUGUGGAAGUUCAAGAAGGCAGUAAAUAACUUCACACACUUGUAGCGGCAAGGCUUUUCUCCCCCUGAUGAAGUAAAUACUCUGAAACUCUUUUAACGAUUAAUUUACCUGGAUGCCGAUCCCAAUCCUGUCGUUCAAGGAGGUUACUUUUUCUGGCAAAAAGUUGCGUUAUUUGUUUUUAUACACUGUGUUAUUGUGUAGAUUGACACCUUGAAACUUAAUUAUGGUUUUUGAUUUCUUUCGUAAAGCCAAAAGAUACUUUUAUUUUUAUUUUAUUUUUUUCGAUUUCUUUCCCCAAGCCACUAAGAAUGUUGCCUUUGAUUUGAGGUAUGCUGCUGUAAGUCAUGCUUCUUUUCUUCAAACUUAUAGAAUGUUUAACACAAACACACACACACAAAAAAAAAAUUGCCCACGUUCAAUUCGAACUUUACGCCGCCCCUCAGAAUUAACUUUUUAUUCACUGGGUGAAAUAUUCACUAGUUAGCUGUGGAGUGGUUUUAGAGUCUGGUUUCUUCAGAAAGUUGCUUCAUGUAGGGAUGAACGAAGACUUUCGAAGGUUAUUAAAACGUCUCGCACAGUCCGGAUCUUUAAAAUAAAAACGACAAAAGAAUAAAAAACAAAUCCAAGUAUUGAAGCUUUAAGUGUUAAUAAACUAGGUUAUCCUUCACACAGUUCCAAGAUUUUCUUUUUUCCACUUAUCUUUCUUUUAGCUACUUUUUGUAUUUUCAUGUAUUUUUAUAUAUAAAUAUAUUUAAGAUCUUUAAAGCUCUCUUCCUUUUUAUUAGAAUUGAAUAUUUUUUUAGAUCAUGCCCUCUUUUUAAAGGAACAUGGCUUCAUAAUGAGAUGUCCUAUCAUACGAAAACGUUAUUUAGCAUGGAAUUUUUAUAAGUGCAGAUAUCUUUUCUCCUCUUCCUCUGCUUUCCAAUUCAAGCUGUUGUCCCGGUCAACGUUUAGCCUUGAUCUCGAACCCCCCUGAAAUACAUCUGACUUUCGUUUUCUUUUAGUUGCUUUCCUCCCAUGUUCCCAACACAAGACUGUAUAACCCACCGGCCCUCGAAGUACGGUUACCUGAAGGGGAAGCUCCUCCUGCGGGUUCUAUUUGUUUGCAAUUGGGGAAUAAAUAAGACUAAACAGGUUGCUUUUACAGGGAGAACUGUGCAACUUUAGUGUGUGUGCUCGUUGUACAACUUUUGCUAAUGACUGUGAUAUAGCUGUCUGUUAUUCUUUACCUGUUGUGGCAGUGACCAGGCGUUGCAAAUAUCCAUUCCCCUCUUCCCACCUCUGUCUCCAUAUUUUCCUUCAUUGAUCUUAACUACUCUUGCGAUUUGUACUUUUAAGUGCAUCGAGUUAAAAUGCUGAUGAAGAUGUGGUGGCCCGUUUUUAAAGCUGAUUAAGACACUGGGAACAAUCUGUUUGCCAUUUUUGACUGGGUGUGGAAAGAAAACCAAAUAGAACUGAAAGUGGACCAGACAUAAAUGUGUGUAUAUAAUUUUUAUUUUCCUUUUUUUUUUUUCUUUCCUAUUUUGCAAGCAUUUAACAGUUGGUGAGCUUGUUUUACCAUUAGAGAGAUGUAUUGGUAGGACGUGAACUUCAGGCGAUAAGCUUUUCAGGCGUGUUGCAUAUGCAGACUUCAUAAAUACACUAAUAAAAGUUUUAAUUCUCAUGUUAA